CGGGCCGCUUUCGGAAGCGCACGCGCUUCGGGCGCCCGUCGGCGGGGGCGAGAAGGGAGUGGACCCGCCGAUGGCAGAGGCGAGCCGCAGUCGGCGGAGGCGUCGGGGGAGCUGGGGCUGCUCGGGAGCCGCCUUCUCUGGGCGCAGGGUGAGUCCUGACCGGGGAGAGGUUCCCCCCUUCCACCUUCCUCCCGCCCGGACUUCGCCUGCGCCCCGCCACCCCUGCAGGGUAGGACGCUGCUGCGGAGGCUGCCGCCCCGCGGAGGCAGGAGACUGGGGUGGGGCGGGCCGAGGGCCUCCCCUUUCUUCUGGGCUCGAAGUGGCCCGGCUUCCUCAAUGCUCGCGGGAGGAGGCGGCGGCGGGCAAGCGGGGCUUCGGCGUCUCUCCACCUCCUCGGACGGUAGAAGGGGACAAGGCGGGGUAGGGCUUGCGUGACCGGUUCACUUCUGACACCUGGCGUUGCAUCAGCCUGUUUGAACAAUGGAGGCGGAAGAUGAGAUGGAAAAGAUCAAUAUUGUCAGCGAAAACAACCAGGAAGAUCAAGGGGCGGCGCUGCUGGGCACCCCGAAGAGCCUGCCCAGCACCUGGCAGCACAAGUGCGCCUCUUAUGUCCUGGCCCUCCGCCCCUGGAGCUUCAGCGCUUCCCUCACCCCGGUGGCCCUAGGCAGCGCUCUCGCCUACCGCUCCCUGGGGACUUUGGACCCUGGGCUCCUGGUCGGCAGCGCAGUGACCGUCUUGGCCGUCCACGGGGCCGGGAACCUCGUGAACACCUACUACGACUUCUCCAAGGGGAUUGAUCACAAGAAGAGCGACGACCGGACCCUGGUGGACCGGAUAUUGGAGCCCCAGGACGUGGUCAGAUUCGGGGUCUUCUUGUACACCCUGGGCUGCAUAUCUGCGGCCUGCCUCUAUUGCCUCUCUACCCUCAAGCUGGAGCAUCUAGCCCUGAUCUACUUCGGAGGGCUCUCUAGCUCCUUUCUCUAUACUGGAGGCAUUGGCUUCAAGUACGUGGCACUGGGCGACGUGGUGAUCCUCAUCACCUUUGGGCCGCUGGCCGUGAUGUUCGCCUACGCCGUGCAGGUGGGCUACCUGUCGGUCUCGCCCUUGCUCUACGCCGUCCCUCUGGCCCUGAGCACCGAGGCCAUCCUGCACAGCAACAACACCCGGGACAUGGAGUCGGACCGGCAGGCCGGCAUCGUCACCCUGGCCAUCCUCAUUGGGCCGACGUUCUCCUACUUCCUGUACAACGCCCUCCUCUUCCUUCCCUACCUGGUCUUCUGCGUCCUGGCUACCCGCUACACCAUCACGAUGGCCCUCCCGCUCCUCACAAUCCCCAUGGCCUUCUCCCUGGAGAGGCAGUUCCGCAGCCAGAGCUUCGCCAAGCUCCCCCAAAGGACAGCCAAGCUCAACCUCUUGCUGGGACUCUUCUACGUCUUCGCCAUCCUCUCGGCGCCCCCGGGGGCCCUUCCAAAGCUCUAGUGUGUGGGGGGGUGAGUUCUAGGGAGGUGACUGUGGCUGGAAACUCUGGGUUCUCCCUUGAGAACUGGGUGCAGUGGAGGUCAAGGCGAGAGGGGCCGCUGCCCCACCAACUCCGGCUUGCAUCCAGUCCAGGGUAGUGGUCCUGGCUAUCGGCUUCCUCCUCCUCCUUAGUCUCAGUAUUGCCAUUAUAGAACUCAGUAUGGAGGAAGAGGAGGAGGAUGGGGGCAAAGCUGGGAUUGGCUGGUUCUACCUGUCGUUCUCUCUGGCCCCACCUUCUUGGGGCCUCUCUGCCUUCUGCCACACCUAUAUUUGGUGGGCACCAGCCUCCGCUGCCUGGGCAGUGCUUGUGGGGUUAUUUUUCUCGGAGAACAAGAACUAGAGGUCUCAAUUAGGCUUUUUAAUUUUUUUGUCUUAACGGUUUAGGUGGCCAGGCCGUGACCUGGAGUUGCAGCAGUCCUGCUCAUGGGGUCCCUCUGUAAAGAUGCUGCAAAAGUGUUUUCUUUUAAGUGGGGGGUGGGGGUGGAAAGCGAUAUUAAAGCUUAACUCCCAAUGUUUCAUUUGUUCUCCCACCACUCCCCAAAAGUUGGAAAAUAAAUGUUUAAAGAAACUG